AAAGUUGAUUCGGCAGUCUCUGCAGUAGCGUCCCGGCUUCCACUAGUGUUUGUUAGCCCACGUCUCAACUAGCAGUGCAAUAUGUAAUCAUAAGUAUAUAUUAUUAAUAACUAUCUUAAUAUAUCGUCCUUACGACGUACGCUUAGUAUAUCCAGAAAUGGACCAUCAUCAUCAUCAUUAUCAACUGAAUCACCAUGGUGCGGGGCACCAUUAUCACGCACCACCGUACACAAGAGAUUAUUUCCUCUACGAAUAUUCGUCCGGUUCCGAAUCCGAUGGAACAAGUUCACUGAAUAGUGAUUGCGAUUCCGGCAAUUGUGUUGAUUCGGGUCGCAAGAAGAGUUCACGGUGUCACAGGCAAAAGACGCAGCAGCGGCAAGCAGCGAACCUGCGCGAACGGCGACGCAUGCAAAGCAUCAAUGAAGCGUUCGAAGGGCUUCGUGCACACAUACCCACUCUGCCGUAUGAGAAGCGCUUGUCAAAAGUGGACACACUGAAGUUAGCUAUAGGUUAUAUAAAUUUCCUGUCCGAGUUGACUCGUGGCACGGGACCUACAGGAAAUGGCGUAACGUCAUUGAAUGUGGCCAAACUUACAACGAUCGCCGGUCGUCUGCAUAGACCACCGGCACAGGUCAAAGAACAACCCGUCAAGAAGUUUAUUGUCAGAGGUGCGUUUGGAACUCCAUAUUCAUUACAUUCGUUGUCUUGGUCGAGGGCAAAAGAAAAUUGUCCAAAUAGCGCAGGAGUAAUGCGAGCAAAGUUAUGGAGGCCUGAAGUAGGGUCACCGCGUAAUUCUGGAUCUACUUCAACCUCAACGAGUUCGACAUCAUCAAGUAAAACCUAAUCAUUCAACAUAAUAAAUAAGACAACUAUUAUUAUAAGUUAUAUACUAUAGAACAUAAGUGAUAUAUUUAUUUAUUGUCUCUAUUCAGUUGUUCUUAUUCCAAUUUAAAAUGUUUAUUAUAUAAAUUAACUAAAUUAUUUUUUUGUAUAGGUACCUUAAUAUACCUCGUAUAACCUACUUGUUUUAUUAUUGUUUAAUAUUGUUAGUUGAUAGUUAUUAGAGUGUUUAUUAUUUUUUUUUUUAAUUAUUUAUUUUAAUCGUCCAAUUUUUAAAUAUAAUAAUACAUUAUAAUUCUAUCAUUCCUACUGUAUAAUUCACUAGCAAUAUAGAUCGGUAAUUGUAA